UUUGGUGUUGUAAUUUUUUGUUUCAAUUAUUGGGUACCCUGUAUUUUACUGAGCCGGUUUUCCCUGUUCAGAAAAAGAUGGCGCCGGUAAAGUCGCCAAACGACCCCCGAGAAUACAGGGUGAUAACACUUCCAAAUGGGUUGACUGCAUUGCUGAUAUCAGACACGGAUACUGUGACAACACGGCCGCCCCAAUCAAGCUCUCACAGUGAGACAGAUGAUGAUGAUUCUGGGGAGGAAAGUGGAGAUGAGGAUGAAGAAAAGACGGAGAGCGAGAGUGAUGAUGAUGACAAAACUGAGAAAUAUAGCGAUGAUGAGAGUGAUGUGAGCAUGGAUGGUGAUGAAAGUGAUGAUGAGGAGGAGGGUCCACAUAAGCCGGAAGAGAAGCAUGCCAAAGGAAAAGACACAAAACUUGCAGCGGCAGCACUGUGUAUCGGCACAGGAAGUUUCUCGGAUCCUGAUGACAUCCCAGGGCUUGCUCACUUUUUAGAGCAUAUGGUGUUUAUGGGAAGUGAGAAAUACCCUGAUGAGAACUCUUUUGAUGCAUUCAUCAAAAAGCAUGGAGGAAACUCUAAUGCUUUUACAGACUGUGAAAGAACUGUGUUUGUUUUUGAUGUGAGGCGGAAGCACUUUAGGGAAGCUCUUGACAGGUUCGCACAAUUCUUUAUUUGUCCUUUGCUGAAGUCUGGAAGCAUUGAAAGAGAAAUCAAAGCUGUAGAGUCUGAGUAUCGCAUGAGCUACCAAAAUGAUCAAGUGAAAAAGAUGCAGCUACUACAGAGUCUGGCCAGGGAUGGACACCCUUACCGCAAGUUCCUUUGGGGAAGUGAAUCAACUUUGCAGACUACCCCUGAAGAAAAGGGUAUUGAUGUUUGUGGCCAGCUUAAAAAAUUUAUGACAAAGAUGUAUUCAAGUCAAUAUAUGACUUUGGCUGUCUGCUCUAAAGAACCUCUAGAUACACUAGAGCUUUGGGUUGAGAAAUUAUUUUCUACAGUUCCAAACAACUCAUUACCAAAGCCAAGAUUUGAUGGGCUUCCUCUUCCAUUUGAAGACAGCAAGUUUAACAAAUUAUACAAAGUUGUCCCUGUUCGAGAUAUUCACCAGUUAGAGAUCACAUGGACGUUGCCAUGCCAACAGCAGCAUUACAGAAUCAAGCCUCUGCAUUACAUUUCCUGGCUGCUGGGUCACGAGGGACCAGGAAGUGUUCUUUCUCUUCUGAUCAAAAAGGGUUGGGCAGUAAGUUUGAUGUGUGGUAACGGGGAGUCAGGACAAGAGCAUAACACAAAUAUGGCGACAUUCCCCUGUCUCGUCAAUUUGACUGACAAGGGGGCCAAAGGACAUAUUUACGAGAUUGCUACUAUAGUCUUCCAAUACUUGGAAAUGCUGAGACGAUUAGGCCCACAGAAAAGAAUAUACGACGAGCUACAUGCUAUAGAAGAAAACGAGUUCCGCUUUCAAGAGCAGUGUGACCCUUAUGAGUUUGUGGAAAACGUCGUAGAGAACAUGCAGCUAUUCCCUGAAGAGGAUUACCUCACAGGAGAUCAGUUAAUGUGGGAGUUCAACGAAGAGGUAAUAUCAAAUGCAGCGAACCUUCUGACCCCCGAGAAGGCGAACAUCAUGCUGUCAUCGCAGACAUACAAAGAGGAGUGCACGGAUACAGAGCCCUGGUUCCAGACUCCUUUUAACUGCUCCGAACUGGAUCCCAAGUGGGUAGAGAUAUGGCAAAACCUUGACCUCAACGACGAACUUCAUCUUCCCGCCAAAAAUGAGUACAUUGCCACUGAUUUCACAAUAAAGGACCCGAGCGAUUCACCGAUAAAGUUCCCUGUGACUGUCCAAGAGUCCCCGUGUGGUCGGGUGUGGCACUACAAAGACGAGAAGUUCCGAACUCCUAGAUCUCGUUAUUACUUCCACUUCAUAUCUUCUAUUGUCAACGAGAGUUCUCAAAGCAUGGUGUUAACAGAGGUGUUUCUAAAAGUACUCGAGUACAAUCUUCGCGAAGUUGCAUACGCAGCAGGCGUGGCCCAACUCAGUUAUUCAAUGAGCGUCCACGAAACUGGGAUCGUGUUGCGACUUAGCGGAUUCAAUCACAAGCUGCCGCUCCUCUUUCAAACAAUCGUGGACUACUUCACAAACUUUACUGUCGAUUUUCAGACAUUCGAUAUGGUCAAGCGUGAGCUUAUGAGAACUUACAGUAACACGGCAAUCAAACCCAACAAGCUCAUCAGGUCUGUGCGGUUGGCCAUACUUCAGCACAUUAAGUGGACCACUGUCGACAAACGUGCUGCCAUACCGGAUAUCACUAUGGAAACACUCGAGAGUUUUGUGCGGAUGUUUCAGUCCAAACUUUACAUCGAGAGUCUUAUCCAAGGCAAUGUGACGUCAGAGGAGGCCAUUGCCUUACAAGAAGUCAUUUACAGCAAAUUGCAGAUGAUUCCUCUCAGCUCUCUCCCCGAGAUCCGAGUUGUCCAGUUACCACGUGGCGAGUGUAUAUGCCGUAUCCCUGGCAUGAACAAGGAGGACAGUAACUCUGUCGUAAUCCACUACUACCAGUACGGCGCGGCUACUGUUGAGGAUUUUGCCAGACUUGAAUUGCUCAUGAUGAUGAUGGAAGAACCCUGUUUCGACAUUCUCCGUACUCGAGAACAAUUAGGGUAUUCUGUGUCCUGUACUUGCCGCAACACUUUUGGUGUUCUUGGCUUCUCUGUAUCGGUCCAGACACAAGCUGAAAAGUUCAGUGUGGAGCAUGUCGCGUCCAGGAUUAACGCUUUCAUUGACGAAUUCAGAGAAAUACUGGAGAAGACUUCAGAAGAAGACUUUAAAAGCCAGGUGGACUCACUGAUCGAGAUCAAGCGUCAUGAUGACCUGUGCCUCGCGGACGAGGCUGAUAGGAACUGGUACGAGGUGCUGGAUCAGACCUACUUAUUCGACAGGAGAACUAAAGAGGUGGAAGCCCUAUCCAAAGUGACCAAGAGUGAACUGCUCAACUGUUUCGUCAGCUACGUUUCUGGUGGAGAUCAUUACUCUAAGCUUAGCGUCCAGAUCGUUGGCUCAGGAGAGUCUGAGAACACUCUUCCCAGUCCCGACUCUACCAUGGAGGUCGACAAUGGCCUGGGAGAGAAGGAGGAAUGGGUACUGAGGCCUGUACCUGUGGAGGGAAAGGAUUUCAUUUCUAUUACGAAUAUUGAGGAGUUCAAGCGAUCCAGGCCGAUAUUUCCCGUGCUGAAGAUCACGUGAUGAUAGCUAUUUAUUACUAUUAACGCUACCCGAUAUUUGCUAACCUGAGCUUCAAGUUGGGUGGAGAUAGCUAUCUAUUACUAGUAACGGUACCCGAUAUUUGCGCUUUUGCACAAGCCUUUAGAGUUUAAUCGGGCUGUAUUUAUUACUAGUUGUACUAAAUGCGUCCCCUAUGCGUGCUUAUUUCAAGUUUUGGAUUCUUCGUACACUCUGGAAAGCAGUUUGAUUUUUUCUAUAAACCUUAUUGAAACUAUAUUUCGCUGGAUAUCAGUGGAGGGAUCUUCUGGAGCGAGAAUUGCUCUUCCAUCAAAGAGGCCACAUAAUUCUGGCUUUCCUCUCAUCUUGUGUAAGGAGGAGAAGUCGAAAUCCCUGUACAGGUUACAGCGGAUAUUUUUCCUUUUUAAACGAGGUUGACAAGGUUCCAGAAAACAUUUGACUGUUAAACCGGUCGUUUAUUUACUGUAAACUAGAUAAUAUUUUUAAUAUCUUGAAUGCUAUCACACAUCAAACUGUUUCAAAAUAUGUGUGUGUGUUAAAUUUCCGGAUAUUAAAGUUCGCGUCAAUUAAAUUUCUGUGCUUUUUUUAUUCUUUAUCCGGUUCCUGAAAAAAAAAAACGGUGGUUGGCUCAGUUUAGCUGUUUAGAAACGACGUCUAAAACUGCAAAAAAUCACAGCUGUUACUGCACUGUCAAAAAGCCACUGUAUUUUCAAAAGAUUCGUAGUCCUCUAGUGGUACUUUAUUCCACUUUCCAAAGAUAGUGGUCACCACACCAGUUUUUUCGCAUUGUGUAAAUAAAUUAAUAUAUUGGACUAUG